CUUUUAUAAUUUAAACUAUAAGGAAGUUUAGUUGAAACAUGUUCUAUUUCAUUCGAUCAAGUAGCAAAGUCAUUGUGCAAACAAAAUACAUUUAUGAAAUGUUGAAUCACAAAACAAGGAAGUUUACAUGUGGCAAUUAAUUAAUUAUAAAGUCUAAAUUCGAAGGAAAACAUGGAACAAUACGAAGUUGAUGAUAGAUUUGUGAGUGAGUCUGGUCAAUUUGAUUUAACACUGAUCCUUGGCACACAUAAAAUCCUGGUAUCUUAAGCCGUAUUGAGCGUUGCCUCGCCUGUGUUUCGUGUGAUGUUAGAAUCGGACUUCAAAGAGAAAGACAUGAACGAAGUCAAUCUCCAAGGGAAAAAAUAUGAAGAUUUGGUAAAGUUUCUAUGCUGCAUUUAUCCGGACCGACUAGAACAUGUCACAGGAGAAACAGUUUACAAGAUUCUACCACUUGCUAUUGAAUAUCAGGUGAAAGUUUUGCAACAACGAUGUCACACUCUCCUUAUAAAGAUAGUCAGAGAAAAGCAUGUUACAAAUGCGAAGGAGAUAUACAGACAUAUUCAGCUUGCCGAACUCUACACACUUGACCAACUGAGAGACAAAUGCAUUGCCAUAGCAUCUGAAUUUACACUUGACAAGUCCAUUGAAGCAGAAACAGCCUAUCCAGUUUCUGAUAAAGCUCUGGUACAGGUAAGGAAUAUUACCAUCAAACGAUAUGAGAUGGACAGAGCCGAUGAUGAAGUUCUUUUUAACAAGAUAACGACUAAGUCCCAGUAUGCAAUUAGUAGUGGCGAUUAUUUUCAUUCCAUGGCUAGCGAUAACGUACAAAAAGAUGAUUACAAAGGCACUGUUAGAAAUGAAAUUAAGAGAGGUUCCAAUGAUGUAAGAGCUGUACGUCUAUGCCUUAGGUAUUUUAAAGACGAUAGAGAACUGCUUGGACAAAGUAUAAAGAACCUGAAAGACAGGCUAACAAUGCCUAGGGCUACGAUAAAAACAAAAGGGGAAAAGCCACAAGGGCCUUCACAGGAGGAAGAAAUUGAACUCCUUCCUGAAAUGAUUAAGUCAAACCUUUUUCAGUGUUGAAAAAAAUCAUGAAUAAUUAUGGAAAGUGAAUAUUAUCGACAAAAACAAAACAAUAAAAUGAAACUACAACAUAUUUCAAAACUGGCGAGUAACGCUUCAACUGCAAAGAAUUUCAGGUUGAAAUGAAAAGCUCUACAUCUCAACGAUAUUGUAUAAAUAUUGUGUUGUCGAGAUGCCUUUUACUUCAAUGCUUAUAUAUAUAUUAUGACGAUCAAUUGUACGCGCAUCUUCUAUAUUAUCUCUUAAAAACUUCGAUAUAAUAGGCUAAUAUGAUAGCACCUUGUUCUGGGAUGCUGUGUUCGGCUUGAUAGCAUUUUGCCAGGUCGGAUCACACUCAGCGCUUGCGCGCCGAGUAUGAUGUGACCACGCAAAACCCACGUCAGGCUAUCAAUUUAGAUUCGAAACGCAUGUGAGCUGUUAAACGAUACUGAAUGUUUGGUGCAUUAAAAUGAAGGUAAUAUAUUCCAAAACCUACAUUUUUAUAUAAUAUCAUUUCAAACAUCUUUAGGCUUAUCAGUGGCUUGCAACAAAAUAUGCACUGUAAUAUUGACAAGUAGAUUACGAUUAUUGUCGUACUGGGCUGAAUAUUACAUAAUUGAAUAAUAACAAGUGAAUGAAGUAUUGCCUUGCAAUACAAAGUCCCCUACUGGAAGGCACCUAAUUUUCUCUACUGCAGUAUAACGUAUUGAACUGAUAUCUGUCAAUGAUUUAUAAACAAUAUUGUAUACAAUAUGUUAUAACAAAAUACUUGGAUUAAAACUUGAUAUAUAUAUAACCUACAGUUGUUUCCAUAUGGAUUUUUUUUCGGCCGAUUAUAAAAAAGUUAUCAUAUAAGUUAUUUAUAGUAACAACAAAGCAAAAUUAAUUCUAAAAAAAAAGAAAAGAAAAGAAAAAGAAAAAAGAAAUCUAUACAGUAUAUGUCCACAAGAAACUCUUUACCAGGUAGAGAUAGGUCAAAAUACACAUACAGAGUGGAUGUUACAUGCAUGUUGUACCACAGAAAAGUGGUCUCGAUUUUUCCCUACGGCCAGUAAUAAAAAUGUUACAAUAUAAUCUAUUUAUAGUAAAACAAAGGGAGGCAAUUCUAAA